UCUGCGCGUCCCUGCGCUCGCAGCUCCUCGCGGUCGGCGGCUUAGGCAGCGCGGUCCUUGGGAGGAUGGAAAGGACCUGUGAAGUGAAAUACAAAGUGAUGGACAGCCCUUUGGGGAAGAUUGAGCUCUCAGGUUGUGAGCAGGGUCUGCACGAGAUCAGACUGCGCUGCUGGAAGACCCCGGGCACUGACCCCGCGGAGGCCCCCACUGGUCCUGAGCUGCCCGGAGGCCCGGAGGGAAUGACGGAGCCCCUGACGCAGUGCGCGGCCUGGCUGGAGGCCUAUUUCCACAAGCCCGCGGUCCUGGAGGAGCUCCCGGUGCCGGCCCUUCACCAUCCCAUUUUCCAGCAAGAUUCCUUCACCAGGCAGGUGUUAUGGAAGCUGCUGAAGGCUGUGAAAUUCGGAGAAACGGUUUCUUACCAGCAAUUAGCAGCCCUGGCAGGCAAGCCCAAGGCCGCGCGGGCCGUGGGAGGAGCAAUGAGAAGCAAUCCUGUGAGUUGGCAUCCCCGUGGGUCACGGUGGCCGCGGUCGGCGGGUGGGCCUGGGCCUGGCACUCAGGGGGGGUCCAAGUGGUGUUUGCAUCAGCGUGUUUGGGAGGCAACUGGGCUGCAGUGGGCGGGGCGGAGAGGAAGCAGCGCUGAUAGCGUGGGCGGCACUGAGCUAUAG